UCCUUAGGAGGUCAUUAUGAGUUGCCUUUGCACAGAUCUGCGGUUCAACAUGGUCCUAAUUUGGCACAUUUAACGUUAGUUAUCAUUUUGGACAUUAAUCAUGCCUCUUUAUUGAAUUUUGUGAAGAAUAAUGCAGUAUGUAGUUGUGAAGCCUUAAUGGAGCUUGAUAGCUUAUUCUGAAUCUCACAAUGCUGCAGAAAUGGGCAGAGCAUGGAGUACCAUCAGCGUUACCUUUAUCAAUGUAAAACAAAAUAUGUAUUUAAUUGAAAGGGUUUACGGCCUGGUAAUAAAGCCUAUAUACUGUAAAGGGCAGAUGCACAUGCAUCUAGUGUCUAGCAUAUGGACUGACCGUCAUGGGAGAUCCUCUGGGAUCAGUACUUGCCCAGUGCAGGCUUGUGUGGAGAAAGGAGAGCAUCCCAGGAUGCACAGCGCGAUAGGUGUGGCGGCCGUCCAUCCUGGGGCACCCUCAUGUCAUGUGGUGUGUGUGGGGAUGCUUAUACAAGCUGGAGAACCUGGAAGAACCCUGUGCAUUUCACAUGGACUGCAAAGGUGGCCCCUACUGAGUGGGAGGUGAGCUGCAAGCCGCCAGCCUCCAGCCAGUGUGAGGACACAGAGCUGCUGUAGGUCACAUGGGAAUCUUGGUGCAAAACACAUCUGAUAUCUGGAACAAUUGGAGAAAUUGACACUGUUCCCCGUUCUCAAUCAGCGAGAAUUCGGGGGGGAGGGGGGCAUUGGCACGUCUCUCAAUUGUAAUGUCAUUUCAAUUGCCAAACCACUUAAGACAAAUUUUGACAAUUAUUAAAUAUUUAUGGAAUAUUCUGUACAUUUAUAGUGAAUUAGAUUUUUUUACAUGCACAUCACAGCCAUCUUAAAAUAGUGUAUGUAGAAAAAAAAAUAAUUGCAGACCUUACAAGAAAUAUUUUUAAAAAGAAGUUUUAAAAUGAUGACUAAUAUCAUUAUCCCUCGGGAUACAGGUUUUCAAACCCGCUUCACUAAUUACCCUGCUCUGAUUCCUGUGUGGUGUGAAAAUGAUUCAUUUCCAGGCAUUUGCCUCAGGUCUCGCAUCGUUCUUACCUAGGAAAUACUGGAUCCCCCUAGUGCUGAGAACGUCUGGUUCCAUACCCCAUACCCAGGUUAUGUUUUUCUUCCAUAAAUGCUUUUCUUUACCCUGACCAUUCCGCCAAAGUGCUUUUAAUAACGUUUUUACUUGCUGCAUUCGGUGUCAGAUUACUGAUGAAUAAAAAAAACGGAUUUAAUGGAGGAAAUUAAUGUCUGUUCAGCUGGGGGAUGCAGCGGCUGCGGUGUUAUUGCAGGCAAGAGGAUGUGACUCAACCUUGAUUUAUUCCUGCGGCAUCUGUCUGUCCCCCCUCCAUCUCCUCAGUCCGCCCCUCCCCGCCUGGCAGCUGUGUGGAUGCAGCAUCAUCUCCAUUUCCGUAGCACCCUCCCCCCCCCCGGUCUGUCCUGCGUGUGAGGUGAGACACUGCAGGGCUGCCUAUGAAUCCUCCUUUCUCCGUGUUUCUCCAGUUUUGUUUUCACUCCACAUCACUGCACAGCACUGGAAUGAUGUGAUGAGCGACCUCCACCGCUGAGGGGCCGAGAGGUCCUCCCUCUCUCUCCCCCCUCUUCCCUGCUCCCUCCCCCCUCCUCUUCCCUCCUCCCUCGUCGUUUUCACAUGUGCCUACGAUCCAUCUCUCCCGCCGCGCUGCUGCUCGCGGCCUGCAGCCGUAUCACUGAAUCCAGCUGGCGAAAUCCCGACUUCUUGCGCCUUUUACUUUUUGGUGCCUCCCAUCUCCAGGUGUUUUUCUAUUCUCCUUUUCUGACUUGAGGUCCUGCUCCUUCCAGCAGGAACACAGAGACACAACCAGAGGUACUAUUGGGGUGAUUCACCAUUGGAUCGACUGCCUGUCUCUGAAUCGUUUUGUUGGAGACAUAUUGCAUUAUAUCUAAUGUUUUACUCUAAACAACUGAGGUCCUGCAUUGUUGGGAUAAUCUCAUUUCUUAUGGAUGGAUGCAGCUUUCGUUCUCUCUCAGAGUGACCUUGUGCGUUGACUGCCAUUCCACAGGCACCAUCAUGCAGCCCCAGAUGGUGGAGGUGGCUCGCCUCUACCAGACGGAGUUCAUCCGCAGCGCGCGGGCCGUGGGAGCACUCUGGGCCGUCUGCACCCUCUGCUUCGCCGUCAUCGAGGUGGUCAUUCUGGUACAGCCCUCCUGGGUGGGCACCCGCGAGCUCCACUAUGAAGGCGGGGCGUCACCCCCCCCAGCAGGCACUCUGGGCCUGUUCGAGGUGUGCCUGGAGUCGGACUGGCCGGUGCCUGAGUGCCGGGGGUCCCUGGCCACGCUGACGCCGCUGCCUGCCUUCCAGUCGCCGGCCGUGCUGGUCUGCAUCUCGCUGACCAUGGUGUGGGUCAGUGUCGGCUGCCUCGUGCUCUUCCGCUUCUGCAAUGCAGCCACCGUGUACAAGAUCUGUGCGUGGCUGCAGCUCACGGCUGGCUUCUGCCUGGCUCUGGCUUGUGUCCUCUUCCCCGACUCCUGGGACUGUUCAGAGAUGCGAGGCUUGUGUGGGGAGGGGGUGUCCAGCUUCUCACCUGGGAACUGUACUGUGCACUGGGGCUUCGUGCUGGCCAUGCUGGGAGUGCUGGAUGCCGCCAUAUUGGCCACCCUGGCCUUCGUGCUCGGAAAUCGUCAGGACGCCCUGCUGCCCCAGUACGGCAAGGAUGUGACAGGACUGCUGUUGCCACGGUGAGAGCUGAGGGCCCUUGCAGAGCCUAGGUAAGACUGCAACUUAGUGUGUCGGCUCUCUUAUAGAAACCACAGGUUGCGUUUUAUAUUCUUGCUGGUAAAAUUCAUCUUAGUUCCUUGUUUGGAAGGGAAAGCAGUAGUACACUGGAAACAAAUAGCGUGACAAAACAGUAACCAAUCUGGUGUCAGUGCUGGGACUGGAAGUGUUUAACAGGUCAAGGGUUCAGUGGGUAUGUUCCACUGUCAAAGCCGAAGCCAAAUAAAUUCACAUAAAGCUAAUGGUCAGAUGCUCAAGAUUUACAUUGUGCUUCCAUGAAGUUUCAUAAUAUGACCGGAUUCUGAAAUGCAGUGUCUCACAAAAAAUGGCAGGAUAUAUAUUCCCAGUGCUUUCAUUAAGAGAGCCAUCAAAUUGUCAACAGUGGAUUAUCCUUUUUACUCAGGAGUUAAGUGAAAUUGAUCAAUAUUGAUUUAUCAAAUCUAUACCUUUCAAAAUAAGU